UGUUACAGGAGAACGCAACGGUGUUGGCUCUGUAUCCCCUGGCGUCCUUGUACACCGCUUGGCUUUACAAGACCGAGAAGGUAAGUCCCGUGUUGGCCUUGCAUGUUGACGUUGGUGAUGAUCACGUGGACACACCUGCUGGGGCCAGACUUGGUGUGGGAGCAUCAGCAAGGAGUUCCCACUACGUGUUGAAGCAAGAAUAUUGACUGGUAAUGAGAUCAUCGUCAUUACACCGGCGGUCUAAGAGUCUCCAGAACGACGUGUGAUCCUGUGUUGAAGGAAACGACCACUGCCCCAGGGCCACUAAGGCGGUUUGGGAGGUGAGACAGGGGGAGGCAUCAGGUACCACACCGCCUGGGCAGAGGUUGAGGACGCACGGAAGAAUUAAUACACCAUGUCGCAGGAAGCUGAGAUGAUUCAGGAAGAUGUGGUGCCGCAGUGCCGUGUGGCGGCCGUGGUGCCUGCUGCAGGCUGCGGGGAGAGGAUGGCCCACUCAGUACCGAAACAGUACUUGCCGGUGAGUGGGCGGCCCUUGGUGAUACACUGCCUGACGGCACUACAGGAGGUCCCGUGGGUGGCGCGGGUGGUGGUGGUGGCCGACGACCUGGCCAGGAUGCUGGGUGUGGUGCAACAGGCACGCCUUUCCAAGGUCACCGUCAUCCAGGGUGGAGGCAGCCGACACAGGUCCAUCUGUGCCGGAGUGGAGGCCCUGGCAGAGGACCCGCCGGACGUAGUGGUGGUGCAUGAUGGUGUCCGCCCACUCCUGCCCCUCACUAUCCUCACUCAGGUGGUGGUGGCGGCUGAGCGUUACGGGGUGGCAGGGACGGUACGGCCACUGGUUUCUACUGUCGUGAAACCCGACCCUAAGGGCUUCCUAGAGGAGAGUCUCACCAGGACUCACUACCGCAACUCGGAGAUGCCACAGGCCUUCAGGUUUGACGUGCUCAGGGAAGCGUACCGCAGGUGCAGUGAGGACGAGUUGGAUCACGGGACGGAGUGCCUCGCUCUGGCCUUCCACCACGCCGGCAUCAGGGCCAAGCUUGUGCCGGGCACACCACACCUGUGGAAGGUGACAGAGGAGCGGGACCUGGUGGUGGCUCGCACCCUGCUGCCAAGACAUCAUCGUCGUAUUGCCGUCAUCUGCAAAGCCCUCACUAUGCCUUACACACAUCCUGAUAAACUGACACGUGACGCUGAAGCUACAAUAGGAGGGACAAGUUUACACCAUGGUGUUCGUGUCGAACUACAAACUCCUAUUUCAGAUGAUCAUUCUAGUAUAAACCAGACUGAAUCAUCUUUUGCAAAGACUAACUAUAUUCCCCACACCAGCGUCCCCCUCGUCUGUGGCAGUGAAUGUAUACAUGUGUUUAAGUGUCUGGAGAGUUCACUCAGAAAAAAUUCUCAACAUGUCUACCUCUCAAGUGAUUUUAAUAUUACUUCAACUUCAAGCUCCACUGUGGUUGUUGUCACCACCCUUGGCUCUUUAGAGGAGUUUGAGCAGUGCACAAAGAGAAUCGCUGAAGAACUUAACAGAAAUAUAUCUUCAUUGGUUCUCAUUUUUACUUUGAGGACAGCAGAGUGUAAUGUGACGUUACCAAAUGUCCAAAUUCUCCAGCAAACACUCAAACUUAUGUUUAACAAACACAUGGCCAAUGUCACAGUACUGAUUCGAUUCCCUAGCCAGAACUUUUCGUUCCAAGCAAAAGACUCUGGCUGCGAAAAGGAGCAAACUAUUUCAGUAGAAUCGGAUAUAACAUGUUAUCAGGGUUCCACUACUGAACUCGAGCAGUGUGAUGAGAGAGGCCAACUUGUUAACCUCGUUGCUACUCUGCUGGAUCAGACCACCAGGUGCUUUCACGGUCAGGUCUUGGUGCUGUAGCAUGAAGCUUCUGAAGCUGACAAGGCAAGAAUAUGCGGAGUAGACAUGUGUGUGAUUUCCUAUUUUAUCCACAAUAAGUAUUGUUAUUACAUACACAUUAAGAAGAAAAUAGAUUAAUCUUGCGAGCAAUGAGUAUCGUGGUUCAUGUUGGAGGUUACGUUGCGGCAAAGGUGUAUUGAUCAUUUAGGAAAUCAUCGGACGCAAUGCGGACAGAUACUGUUUUGAUCAUGUGUAUGGAACGUACAGUACCUAUAUGCUACACUUAAAUGUAUUAAUGUAUUUGUAUUUUCAAAUUUAAGCUUUCUGAUUACGAUAACUAAAAGCAGAGCAUGGGUGUAGGCGGAGUUUAGCAAUACCGAAACAGCAUUUCAUAGAACGAUUGUUAAAUCAUUAUUUUGAAUGUCACUGUUGUUAAGCAAGAAUUAUAACGUAAACAAUAUUAAGGACCAUGAGCUAAGUAGCUUACACAAAUCUUAUGUAUUUUUUUAUAACAGUAAUAAAGUAUUUUCAGGAUA